UUGUUGAAAAUUAAAAUGUGAUGUAGCCAUCUAAUAAGACCACCCACACAUCUCUUCCAAUUUCCAACUCACUCACUUUGUUUCCUCACAUUCACAUUCACAUCACAACACAACCACUUGUUUCUUUUCCUUCUUCCUUUCACUUAAUCAUUUUUUUUCUUUUCUUUUCUUUUUCCUUUCAUCCAAACAUGUCCUUCUUUAACACUCCUCUGUUUUCCACUCUGUUCUUCUUCCUCUUCAUAACAACACUUCUCUGUUUUCCCAACACAACAAAUUCCGACACACCAUGUCCAUAUCCAUGUUAUCCACCACCUAUAGGAAGUGGAACCGUCACUCCUACAAAUCCAACUCCUUCUGUUUCAACAGUUCCACCAGCACCACCACAAUCUGGAUUACCAUAUCCACCACCUUCUGGUUAUAAUUAUCCUUAUAAUCCAACACCACCUUAUGGUGGCAACGGCGACGGCGGCAACAACAACAACGGUGGUGGUAGUGGUGGUGGUUAUGGUACACCACCACCACCUGACCCUAUUUUACCUUACUAUCCAUACUACUACAGAUUGCCUCCUAACAAACCUGAAGAUUCUUCAGCAUCAUCAAUCAUUGUGGAGAAGAAAUUUGUCACUACUAUUCUGUUAUCUUUAUUUCUUGUUCUUGGUUUUGUAUAAGAACUGUUUGAGAUUAAUUUUCAUGUAGUCAAAUUGUUAUUCAAAAUCAGUAUUGGUAGUGGUUGUUAAUUUUAUUUAUGGAAAAUUAUUUAUGGAAAAUAUUCAACUU